AUGCAAACAGAUCCCAGCAAGAAGAAAGGAAAAAAAAGAUUUACCUAUGAUGCAAGGUGGCAAACCAAAGAGGGCUACAAAGAGGUUAUUGAUACAAUCUGGAAGGAUCAGGAGAGACCUAAAGAUUUACUCUUUUGGAAUGGAACUCAAAAAUGCAAAACAACUCAGCAAAGCAAAUUGAAAGAUUUAGUGGACAUUCAGAACGGUGACUUUUGUGGCGCGUGGCUUUCACGCGGCCGUUUACGAACCGUUGGAUCGUUUCGCUCCCAACCGUUGGAUCAUAUCACUGAUUUUGAAUUUCAAACGUUGCGCCACGUAAGCUUUUACGAGUUUUCCGAGAUUUCUGAGCAAUCGAACUUCCGAGCAACCAGGUUUUCCAGCAAGGGUUCCAAGGCUAAUUUCGAGAUUUUUUCGAGUCUUUUCGGCGCUUCUCGUACCGGUAAUUUCGUUUUUUCCAAAAAUCCUCCUUUCCUUUCUGUUUUCCUUUCGAUUAUGUCGAGUUCCUCCGAUUAUGCGGCGAACCUCCCUGCCGGAGAUGGCUGCUUCACGGCGGAAGAAACUGGGGAGUUGGUCGUUUACUCCCCGCCGACGGUCGGGGCGAUGCAACCGCUCAGAGUAACCCCGAUCUCUGCCGUCCGCGUGACGCCGGCAGCGGCGGCUACAGACGCGCGCCGUGGGGAGCCCUCGGACUUUCCCACAAUCGAGAUAAUUGACCUCGGGUCGGGUCAGUCCGACUCCGAGGAAGCAGAGAAGGAGGCCGGCGCCCCUUCUCCUGUCGAAUCUGAUGUGGACGCCGAACUGGUCGAAGAGACGCUUCGAGGAGAUACCUAUUGGCGAGAGCGUGUCCCCAUGGCGCGCGAGGAUGCCGAAACUGACGCCGCAGUCGAAGCCGCCACCACGGCUCCUCUGGGAUGUUGGUGCCGCCCUCCGCGGGUGUGGCCUUCUACCGCCACGGCUACUGCGUGGACGACCCCCUCGGUGCUGACGGAUCUCGAUCUGGCCAAGCUGAGGGGCAAGGCCAGCUUUGGCGCCGGGGUGAGAAUUUUCGCCCCUUAUGCGGGCGAGCGUAUACACUGUCCGCCGCCGGGUUGCAUCGGCGUUUAUCGGUCGAGUAUCUUGCUCGGCCUCCGAUUUCCGCUACCUGGAGCUUUGAAUGACAUCCUUAGUCACCUCGGCAUCGGCAUUAGCCAGCUCGUUCCGACGGUCUUUGCUCGGCUCGUCGGCCUUCUCGUCCUGUUUCGCCAGCAGGGCUGGCCGGAUCCCACAAGUGCCGACGUGAGAUCUCUGUUUGUCUUCAAGAAGUCCGGGGAGACCGGCAAUUACUACAACUCCGUCGCCCCGGGCGUGGACAAAUCGUUGAUCCACAAGGUCCCGGAAUCGUUGCACGGCUAUAUGCCGGAGUGGUUCUGGGUUGGUGGUGAAUGGAGGACGCCCAACGCGACUCGGCACCCUUCCACCGAAUUUAUUUUCGGCCCUUGUAAGUGUUUUAUUUAUCCUGCUUUCACCCUUCUGAUUUACGGUUUUUCUAUGCUAACAGGUCGGUGUUUGCCUUUCAGUCCACAAUCCUCGCGUUGA